AUGUUGGCGGCACGUUUCUCGACCGUACAGCUCGGCGAGGAUGUCGAUUUGCCGGAGUUCUUGCUGACGGUAGUCGUUAUUGCGCAUGUCUCUGGUCUCCUGUUCUUUCGUGCUUUCGAGCAACGGCAACACGGGUCUGGGAUCAUGCCAGUACAGGCGCUGACCAUCCUUGUUGCCAUCGAUGUAGACACGGCGCGGCAUGUACAGCUGCAUGAGGGUGGGGCAGACAAGCUGGUCGGUGCUCCUGGACAGCCUAAGAAAGAGGCUGUGAGCCUGCGAAUAAAUCUUGCGCUCUGCCCGAUCAUCAAGGCUGAUGAUGAGUGGAUGGUGCGUUUGACGUUGCUUCUUCCCGCGACGCCAGCUGAACGGUGGCUGUGCGUGGCCCGUGGCUAG